AAACAGAAAACAAAAGCCCAAAAACGAAACCAAGCAAAAGCCCCUUUUAAUAUCAAAGCAGCCCGUUUCUCCGCUGCCCUCUUCGCUCGACAUAUUCCUAAACUAAACCCCUCUCUUAACCUAGCCACCCAGCACCACUGGCCGGUUGUUUUUCGACGCCCACAGCCACCGUUGCAAACACCGCCAUCGCCGCCGUAAACACGGACCUCAUUCUGUUUAAAUUCCUAACUGCCGUCAACGAUCCCUAAAGAAAAUAUUUAAAGAAGAAGGACAAUCGCAUGUAACAGGUAAUUGCAGGUGAAAAGAUAUAUUUAUGGCGGGGGCUCCGUCACCAGCUCUAAGCAAUAACAGCUCCGACACCGGUCACACUGCCACCCUCCCUCAUUCACUUCGUAUGGACACGCCACCUAAGACUCUCCGGGGUCUUAACAAACCUAAAUGUAUCCAGUGCGGCAACGUUGCUCGCUCUAGGUGUCCGUACCAAUCAUGCAAAAGUUGCUGCUCAAAAGCUCAAAAUCCAUGCCAUAUUCAUGUUUUGAAAGCAAAUGCAACUUUUCCAGACAAGACACCGACUUCGAGUACUCCUGUAUCUGACCAGCAGCCAACUGAAGUAUCUCCUGUAGCGAGUUCACUUCGAGUUGCAUCACUUCGGCAACUUUCAAACCAAUUUUCCCAAUUUAACAAUCUGCAAACUUCACGAUCAAAGAAGCCAUUGACCAGAAAGGAAGCUGCAGCUAUAAAUGAAUGGAGGUUUUCCAAGUUAAAAGAACACAGGGAAGGAAACAUUGAAGUGGAAAAUGAAGCAUUUGAUCGAUACAUGCAGAACAUUAGCUUAUUAGAGGAGGUUUUUUCUGUGAAAUCUAUUCUAGAGAGCUCCAUAAAGGAAUCCUCGGAAGGUGGUUCUCUUCCAUUGAAUCCGGAGCAUGUGUCUACAGAAGAUGACAGAGAGAAAGUGACCUCAGUGCAGAAGUUGAAGCUUAGAUUGAAUCCUACAAGAAGUGAAAAUGUUCGAAAGAGGAUACAGCAAAUUGUCGAUGUUGGGUUAAAGAAGCUUCAAAAGCUCGAGUUUGAAGACGGUGUUAAUGAUACGCACACUGAUAUUGAGCAUGAUAAACGGCCGGAAAAGAAAGAAAAAUUGUGGGCUGAAAGGGCCUCAGCUUUAAGUGAACUUACUGAGAAAUUGAAUAAAGCCCGAAAUGAAGAGGAUCUAACAUCAUGCAUGGAGAUGAAGAUGCAGCUCUACAGUCACCAAGGUCAAACAGAAACCAAAGAUGAGGCAUCCCAUAAACAGACAGUCAAGAAAGAAUUGGAUUAUCUUUCUCAAAAAUUGUUUAGAACAGUAGAAAUUGAUCAGGAAGAUCUCAACAAGAUUGGUGCGCAUUUCUCUUCCCUAGAAAAAGUAGCAAAUUUGUGACGUGGUUAGAUAUCCAAUAGGGAAUGGAGAUAUAGGCUAGUGUAACUAGAAGAUUGUAGCUAUGCUCAUAUACUAAUUAUCCUGCUGUAUUAGUCCCACCUCAGGUGCAAUCCAUUGCAGAAGUAAUAUUGCGCAUAAUGUUACAGUUGUGAUUUCAUGUUCUGUGAUUGUAUUUUAAGCAACCUAUAUUUUCUAGUGUCA